AGAAGCGUUUCGUAACUUUGUAAAUUAACUUACUCAGAGUUCACACACAUAACAGGUGCAUACUUGUCUCUCGACAUAUAAGUAAACUACAAUUUCACAAAUGUCUGGAAAAGUGGUGUUGACUUAUUUCAAUGGGAGGGGGAGAAUGGAGUCAAUUCGAUGGCUUUUAGCGGUUGCUGGAGUUGAGUUUGAGGAAGUGAAUUUAACAAAGCGCCAGGAAUAUGUCAAACUGUUGAGUGAUGGAGCACUCAUGUUUGAGCAGGUUCCCUUGGUGGAAAUGGAUGGAAUGAAGCUGGUUCAAACCAAGGCUAUCCUGAACUACAUAGCAGGGAAAUACAAUCUCUAUGGGAAAGACUUAAAAGAACGAGUCAUGAUUGAAAUGUAUGCUGAGGGCGUGCAGGACUUGAUGCAAAUGAUAAUGGCGUUGCCCUUCAUGCCGCCUGACGCCAAGAAAACUAAACUGGAGGAGAUAGAGAGGAAAGCAACAAGCCGUUACCUCCCUGUGUUCGAGAAGGCGCUAAUUAGCUCCCAGUACCUGGUGGGUUAUCAGUUGAGCUGUGCUGAUGUCCAGCUACUUGAAACCACCUUGAUGUUGGAGGAGAAAUUUCCAACAAUUCUUUCCAAAUUCCCUGUUGUUAAGGCUUUUCAAGGGAGGAUGAAAAGCCUACCAGCCAUUCACAAGUUCCUGCAGCCAGGCAGCAAGAGGAAGCCUCAACCUGAUGACGUAUAUGUAAAGACUGUGUGUGAGGUGUUAGACUUCAAGCUCUGAUGCUCAUCUAAACAUGAAGUCAGUUUUACUUGAAAGAGUUGAAGCUAAUAUAAUAUAUUACCUAUACAUUAUUCCAUAUUGUCAUUCCAAGUCAUAAUUUCUUGUAACAUGUUGUGGUGGAGAAAUUAUGACAUAAGCUUAUGAAUUGUUUAACCCUGUCAAUAUGAGUGUGUGUAUUGGUUGCAAAACUGUUUUAUAACUUGUUCCCUUUGUGCUCACAAGAAGAAGUUUCCGACAAUACCCAAGAGAGAACCGUGAUUUACUUGGGUGAACGCCCAGAAAUAGCCUCUGAGAAAUUUAUCAGGAGCAGGUGUCUUGUUACACAUUCUCUUUUGUACCCAAAACUCCUCGUGCUGAGGAUGAAUCGUGUCUGUGUGAGUUGUGUGUAUCCUAGUAUAAAAGGUACUUGGGGACAGUCCCCUCGUAGAACUUCUGACCGACCUGUACUGAGUGUGCAGAGUUUGUUGUAACCUUUCCACUGGCGUGACUCUUAAUAAAGUUAAUUUACUAAU